AGUCAAAGAAAAGUCAAAGCGACAACGUUAUAUAGCAGUGCAUCAAUUACCAAAAACACCCUGAAAUUGUUUUCUCCGCUUCUUCACGCCCAUGCCGUGUCUAACCAAAACCCCUCGCUUUCUCUCUCUAAAAUGUCCCCACUCCAACUUCUCUCUCUUCAAAAAACUGAACCUCAUUCCUAACUAUCGCCGUCUAUCAGCAAAAAUGGAGGCUCAAUCAUCUACAACCCUUGUUCUAUGCGGCAAGUCGAGUGAAGAAAAUGAAGCAGCGCGGUUAUUGAAGAUUAACAACGUGUUGAAACUCCCAGACACUUCUCCAGUAACUGCUGUUCUGCAUUCGGAGGCUGAAAAUCGAGAGAGAAUUGAUGGCGGCGAUUCGUUUCGAAUAAAUUCGUACAUGAAUUUUCUGUCUACUUAUCGUUUUGGGAAGCUGCUCGUUUACUCUCCCAAAUUAGCUUCCACGCAUGAUGUUGUUUCUACUAAUUUUUUGGAUUUACCUAUCGGUGCUGUAUGUGUUGCUGACGUGCAGUUCAAAGGCAGAGGUCGGUCGAAGAAUGUGUGGGAAUCGCCAAAGGGAUGCCUUCUGUUCUCAUUCACUCUACAGAUGGAGGAUGGGCGAAUUGUGCCGCUUGUGCAGUAUGUUGUUUGUCUGGCUAUGACAGAGGCGAUUAAUGAUGUUUGUCGAAGAAAUGGUAUGCCUUGUCUUGAUGUUAGAAUAAAGUGGCCAAAUGAUCUAUAUUUAGAUGGUCUCAAAGUUGGAGGCAUUUUGUGCACAUCAACAUAUAAAGAUAAGAAGUUCAAUGUCAGUGCUGGAAUUGGCUUGAAUGUCAAUAAUGAGAAACCAACAACAUGCUUGAAUGCCAUUCUGCAAAGGUUGGGUUAUGUUUCUCACCAAUUACAGCGUGAAGAUAUCGUAGCAGCUUUCUUCAGUAAAUUUGAGAGCUUUUAUGAUAUUUUUAUUAGUCAAGGCUUUCAAGCACUUGAAGAGCUGUACUACAAGACAUGGCUGCACAGCGGGCAACGAGUUAUCAUACAGGAAAAGAGUGAUAAUCAGGAUCAAGUUUCAGAAAAUGUGGUCACAAUCCAGGGUUUAACAUCCUCCGGAUAUUUAUUAGCUGCCACUGAAGAUGGUGAGACAUGCGAGCUUCAUCCUGAUGGAAACAGAUUACUGGACGGUCCACGAUUUUCUACGUUUAUUUCCAUCCAAUGGCAUUUUAACUCCUUUUCGAUUUCUUUAAAGGGCUCGUCAGAAGAAAAGUGGCCUAAAGAAGCUUCGCUAAUCAGCCUCACCAUGUGAAUUUGUGAGAAACGUCUCUUUUUUCUUCCUUGCUUUAUAUUACUUUUCCCCUUUGUCACAUUAUCACUUAAUUUGGUCAAACUUAAUCAAAUUAGUCGUGUCUAAUAUUAUUAAGUUCGGUUGGUUGGUUCAAUUUUUUCGAAUAUAAGGACAAAUUGUAAAAUUAGUUUAAGGAAGAAGUUAGUCUACACAUGUUAGCUGGUCCACCAAACUCCUGUUGACCGACCUGACACCCUCUUGUUGUUAGCUUAAUUAUAAAUUAAUAGUUGUCAUUAGGAGUAGAAUAAGGAUAGUUUGCCCUCUUGUUAGAUUGGUUAACACCAAAAACUCUUCAAUAAUAAUUUAUAUAGAAAAAUUCACAUGUGGGUAUCAUUCCGAUUCUUUCUCAGUUCAAAGUCGGUCGGAACAUUGUAUUAUUUGUACUUCCCUUCAUAUUUUAUUUUGGAUAUUUUGACCAACUAUAAUUUAUUUCAAACCUGCUUGUUUAGUGGGGUAGCAAUUGCAACACUAGCCUCGAUACACCUUAGUACAGAUAGACAUUCUAGGUUUGCAGAUUUUUGUUAAUUAAUUACGAGAAGUUUUUAGUUAUUUGCUUAAAUAUUCAUCUGGAAAGAUUCCUGGUAAAUUAUACCCGUGUGCGCGCGUGCGCCCAAGGUUAGGUAAAAUUAUGUCUAGGGCUGUUCGAAAAAAUUACUCAAACAUGGUGAAUGUAAAUUUGCACCACCACAAAGUUUAUGUCUAAAAGGGUUAAUUGGCAAAAUAUGUGGUGACAUGAUAUAAGUACUGAUGUAACAAUUGGUACAUUUGGGAAUUUGGUAUGGGGCAUAACACGCAGUACUUGGGGUUGUUUGUCGGCUGUGUAAUAUUGGGAAAGAGAAAAAUGUUUGCUGGACUUGUCUCCACCAUUCACACGAUUUUCCUAGGCAAUACACUUUAUUUUUGUCCUUUCACCUGUAAAACUGUAAAAAAACAUACAGAAUCAUGGGAUGGUUGUGUGUGGUUUCUCGUGCAGCUAUCGAUAAAAUCCACGUCA